AUGUUUACGUCUCAUGGCUGGGUCGAUGCCUCCUACUCGCAGCUAGUGGAGCCGCCGGAGCCCUUGGAUGUUGAUAGCUGCAUCGAGUAUGACGACUCCAGGGUGCCCUUGAUGGGCUUUGCUUUCGAAUCUCAAGAGAAAGCUGGGAGCCCUCUGCAGUGCUUUGCCCUUGGCGGGCCGAAGCUUCGAUUCCUCGUGAUGUGCCGCGGAAGGCUCCUACGCUUCGAGCCCCGCGAGUUCGCCCUGCUGGGGGAAGCCAAAGGGGGUGAGGUGGUUUUGGCAUCCUUGAAGAAUGUCGCGCGUCACAACCAGUAUGUAAUCGCGGAUCAGGCGAGGUUGAGGCUGAUCUUCAAGACUGCGAAUGCGCAGACGUGGGCUGCAUGCUUGCGAAAUGCUGAUGCAUUUCACUGCACGAGCCCAUCUGCGCAGGACGAUGCAUCAAAGACAGCAAGGUCGCAGCGCUACAAGCUGGUUUGGGUCGCACAAUGUGUUGGCAUAUGGAUCAAGCAGCGAGCUCUACUCCUGCUGCUGUGCAACAGCGUUGUGGCACUGACUCUGCUCCUUCAAGAUUCCUCUGCUUUCUGGCCCUUCGUCAUGGUGCUGAACCUGCUGACGUGUUUGAGGGCAGGGGCUGAUGUCCCACAGCCUCCAGUUUCCGAAACUGCAGGGAGGGAGGACGAGGUGGACCUGGUGACGUCCUUGCAUCCUGUGGCCCUCGGCUCCACUGCGGGAUGUGUUGAGGAUGCGAAGGCGGAUUCUAUCCUCGUGCGCUCUCAGGGCUACAGCACCCAUAAGCAGAAAGAAGCAUCUCAAGACUCCAUGUACGAACUGCGACGAGCAUUCACGAUGCCAGCCCCCAGCAGCUCGUCCAGGCAUUCCCACGUUGCAAGGCUUGGACUCGAGAUGCUUGGACUCGAAGGGCCAAUCUCAUCGGACCUUCCCACCUUCUGCAUCGUCAACCUGCAGAUCCCAGACGAUGCCCCGAACAUCUUGCAAGGAGCCGAUGCUAAAUGCAGCUCCGCAAUCUUUUGCUUCUCGGUCCGGGCGGAAGUCGAAUCUGCGCUGACCGAGAGCCAAGAGCCUGCGCUGCUACUGCUGCGCCGCUUUUGCCAGCUUGCUCAAGAGGACAACAUGAUGAGGAAUAAGUUGAAGGCCCUGUGCCAAAUCGCGGAGUCCAAAAAUUCCUCGCUUCCCUCUGUUUUGCAGAACUUGAGUGGGAAGCCAGCAUUGUUGGGCAAGUCUGCAAAGAUCUACUCUGGUGCUGGGUACAUUGAAGUCGACGUGGAUAUCAGCUCUUGCUCCUACGUGAACCGGCUGUCGCUCCAUCAAAUGCGGAGCAGACUUAGCUCCCUGCAGCUGGACUUCGCCUUGAUAAUACAGGGCGAUUCAGACGCUGAGUUGCCAGAACGAGUUUGGGCAGCUUCCACACUUCACUUUGUAGAUAUGGACGAGCUCAUUCACACACCACGCUCAGUGAGCCAGAGCCCCCUCCAGAAAUCGCCAGAGACGUCCUUGCACAAGCGACCCGCGGCCUCGUUCUUCGAAUGA